CGAAACGGCCACAAAUGCUUACCAGCAUCAUCACAAUACCCGAGCAGCUGAGAAUUUUUUCAAUGUACCAGAUUCAAUAUCCCUAAUAAAUAUUGUAAAACCUGAGAGAUUACAGAACAAUGCCAUGAACCACUCUGCAGAAGAUGAAAAUCAACAAAAUAAUUCCGAAACAGAAACAAAAACCUCCAUAAAUUCCUAUCACCAUCAUCGGGCGCCACGCACUCCCGAAAGUUAUUUCAAUGUUCCCGAAUCCAUAGCCCUGCUAAAUAUUGUCAAAUCCGAACGGAUACAAAGUGCAUUUCAAUCGAAUCGUAAAAAUCAUGCCAGUGUUUGGGAAAUGGUUGCCGAAGUUCUGAAUCGUUAUAGUGCCCGUAAGCGAUCGGCCAAACAGUGUUGUAAUCGUUAUGAGAAUCUAAAGAAAAUCUAUACGCAGCUGAAAAAGAAUCCCGAACGUCAUGUACGUCGCAAUUGGCCAUAUAUGUUUCUGUUUAAGGAAAUCGAAGAACAGCGGGGUGAAUGUUGGGGUUCGAACAGUAAACGGAUUGCGUUGUUGGCCAAAAAUCAAGAUGAACUAUCGUAUUAUCAUCGGAGACGCCAGGCAGCAGAGUUUGGUGCUCUCUUGGAUAAACAAACUCAGGCGGCAGUGGUGGCCCAACAUAAUCUCCUACAAAGUCUGGCAGCUGUUCAUUCCAAUGAUUCGAACUCGAAUUCGAAAUUGGAACGUUUCCUACCCAAUCAUUUUGUCGAGGCUCAAUUGGGUAAUGAUAGCAGCUGCAACAACAACACCAUGAAUGGUAGUGGCGGGGACAGAGGUGGCAGUAGUAAUGGUACUGGUGGUAGCGCCGAUAUUAACGGUACCAAUGGCAGUGUCUAUGAUGAAUCUCCCUCACCUCUACCCCUGCAAAUGUCACGCAAAGAUCCCCACGAUGUUUCACAUAACAUCUCAGCUGAUUUACCCGAAAAUGCUGCCCAUAAUCUCCUGCAAGCUCAUCUAAGUGGUGGUGUGGCAGCAGCUGCUGUUGCUGCCGCCGCUGCCAAUAACCUAAAAGAGGCUCUGGCUCAACAAUAUGAAAAAGACUGUAAUGGGGCGCUGAAUCUGCAGACCAGUGAUAACAACAACGUCUCAAUGAAAUCGGAACCAAUGUCGGAUGGUGAAUUUAAUCCCGAUGAUAUACAGCUGAUGCAAACGAAUUAUAAUGGAUCACAAAAUUUCUAUCCCAAUAAUAUGGAUCACAACAUCCUACAUCCCGAUGUAAUUGUGGAUACAGAUAAUCUUACCGAAUGUAGCAGUGGUCAGACACCGAAAACAAAACGUAAACUAUCCACAUCUACCGACGGUGAUAGUACCAAUUAUGAACUAAUCGAAUAUCUGAAGAGGCGGGAAAAACGCGAUGAAGAAUUACUGCGACGUAUGGAUGCUCGUGAGGAGCGAUUAUUGAAUCUGUUGGAAAGGACAGUGGUGGCCAUAGAGGCUUUAACACAACAAUCGCAGCAGAAAAGUUGUACACAACACCACAAUGCAGCAGCACCAACAGCUCCACCCAUGAGGGCGUCAACACCAAACCCGGAAAAGUCAGAGGCGGCCAAUGAAACGAAAUUGGUCAACGGCAAUGCUUUUGUGAAAGUGAAAUUAACGGCGAAUUUAAAUAAGUCGACAGCAGAUAAAUCAAAUUCCGGUGAUGAGGAAGGAGCAGAAGUUGUAGAAGAAGAUGAUGACGAAAAUAUGGAAACAAGUAAAAAUAAUGAAAAGAAAUCUUAA